AUGAAGGGUUUGGUAGAUGAGCUGUUAAAGAUCAUGGCAAAAUCAUUAAAUAUAGAAGAAGAUGGUUUCAUGAAUCUGAUUGGGGAUGAACCCACCUUGGAAGCAAGGUUCAAUUUCUACCCAAAGUGCCCAAAACCAGAUUGGAUUUUAGGGGUUAAAGCUCAUGCAGAUUCAUCGGCACUCACCAUUCUCCUGCAAGACAAAGAAGUUGAAGGACUUCAAGUUUCAGGGAUGGCAACUGGUAUAUAUGCUUUAGUUUAUGAUAUAUCAUGGAAUUUCCGAUACUUGAAAGUGAUCAUCAAGUCGAAAGGAUCGGACCCUUGGGCAUUCUCCUAUUUCCACGGGCAAGGUGAGGCACCCCCAGCCUCUACGCUAUCUCUGGUGAACCCAGCAAGUGGCGUCCGCACAGGUGUAAUGUUCUCUGGACAAUCCCAGUUUGUUAAAUUUCUCGAGGUACAUGACAUUGACACUAUUGCCAGUGUCUACAAAUACUCUCCGGACGAUGGUCCGUUGAUGUCCACGGUGAUGACGAGGGCAUCGCGGUAUGGUGUUGGGCCGUUCGGGAGGUCUUCAUCAGAGAAGGUGAUGAUGUCCUCUGGCCUUUCUUGA